UUACAAGUAUAAUUAAUGCAAUCCUUUACAAGUAUACUUAAUACAAUCCUUUACAAAAAUGCUGCAAUUCUUGGCGAAUAUUUUGAAGAUCUUGGAAGAGCAGAUGAAGCAAAGAAAUACAAGGAUAUUGCAUUACAGUUAAAGAGUGCUAUAAGAGCAGUUCUAUGGAAUGAAGAUGACUCCAUGUGGUAUGAUUACAAUUUGAAAACCAACAAGCACAAAAGGGAGUUUUAUCCAAGUAAUCUGUUCCCAUUAUAUGGUCAAGCAUAUCAUGAAACGAUUAAUGCAUCAAGAGUUCUUGAGAAUAUUGUAUCUUCUGGAGUAACUAUAUUCCCUGGUGGUCUUCCAACUUCACUUUACAACACAACAAAACAACCUCAACAGUGGGACUUCCCUAACGUUUGGCCACCCCUGGUUGAAGUAUUUGUGACUUCCAUGGAGGAAUUAAACCUAACGGAGAGCAGGGAAAUAGGCCGAGAAAUUGCUGAAAAAUACAUUAGAAAUGUUUAUGCUUCGGCACAAGAGAAUGGGACGAUGUUUGAGAAGUAUGAUUGUGAAAAGGUUGGUAAAGCAGGGAGUGGAGGAGAGUAUGGAGUACAGGAAGGGUUUGGUUGGUCCAACGGAGUAUCUAUGAGUCUACUGAACAAGUAUCCUGAUAUGAUUAGUUCUGCAUCAAGGACAAGCAGUACAAUUGUAAUCAUUACAAUCACUUUAUGCAUUUUUAAAGCUAUGUAUUGAUAGUUUGGAGUUAUGUACAUUUAAUAUUUAAAUUUGUUAAAUAAAACUAAGCAAUAUUGAAAAA